AUGGCUGGAGGUGACGCCAUGGCUGGUGGUGACGCCAUGGCUGGUGGUGACGCCAUGGCUGGUGGUGACGCAGUUAUUGCUGGUGGUGACGCCAUGGCUGGAGGUGACGCCAUGGCUGGU